GGUUUCCAGAAAAUCUUUUUAUUAUUCUCACAAAGAGAAAAAGCCGAAAAAAAAAGAGAUAAAGAAAAUUUUGUUGAAAUAACACUAAAAUACAUAUGAAUCAAGCAUACAACAACGUUCAUUGACAACAACAAUGGUAAAUGAAACAAAUGGAAAAAAUGAAUAAAAUAGAGAACUUUUUUUUUUAUAAUUGUUUUUAUUUAUUUAUUUUUUUUAUUUCUUAUCGUGAAUGCAAAUUUUUAUCCUUCAUUAAAUCAAAUGAUGUAAAAGCAAAUGUCACUUUUAUAUCUAUGAGUAGAAUUGCUGAAACACGUUUAGUAACCAAUUCUACACUAUUAAACAUUAGUGUUUCACAUCAAUCGCAAUGUAUGAAUAAAUGCACUAAAACUACAAACUGUACUUCGUAUAAUACUUUUAAAGAUAGUCAAAAUGUCAAUGUUCAAUGUCAAUUGUUAUCAGAAAACAAAUACUCAAAUUCAAAUCAGUUGGAGAAAAAAGUUGGUUGGACUCAUGUCAGCAUCCAGUGCUGGUUUCCAGAAAAUCUUUUUAUUAUUCUCACAAAGAGAAAAAGCCGAAAAAAAAAGAGAUAAAGAAAAUUUUGUUGAAAUAACACUAAAAUACAUAUGAAUCAAGCAUACAACAACGUUCAUUGACAACAACAAUGGUAAAUGAAACAAAUGGAAAAAAUGAAUAAAAUAGAGAACUUUUUUUUUUAUAAUUGUUUUUAUUUAUUUAUUUUUUUUAUUUCUUAUCGUGAAUGCAAAUUUUUAUCCUUCAUUAAAUCAAAUGAUGUAAAAGCAAAUGUCACUUUUAUAUUUAUGAGUAGAAUUGCUGAAACACGUUUAGUAACCAAUUCUACACUAUUAAACAUUAGUGUUUCACAUCACUCGCAAUGUAUGAAUAAAUGCACUAAAACUACAAACUGUAAUUCGUAUAAUACUUUUAAAGAUAGUCAAAAUGUCAAUGUUCAAUGUCAAUUGUUAUCAGAAAACAAAUACUCAAAUUCAAAUCAGUUGGAGAAAAAAGUUGGUUGGACUCAUGUCAGCAUCCAGAGCGUUCCGUGUGAAAGAUCACCUUGCAAAAACAGUGGUACCUGCAUACCUGACUAUGCUGAAAACGACUUUUUAUGCGUUUGCUCAGAAAAAUAUCUGGGAGAAUUUUGUGAAACAGAGCUGACCAAAAUAAUCUCUUUACCACUGAAUAACUUGGGGUGCUGGAAAGACAAUUUAAACAGAGCCAUGGUAACAUUAGAAGGAUCAUCGACAAUACUAGAUGGUUCCUACCAAACUCGUUUAGAUGCUGUUAAAAAGUGCAACAAGGCAGCCAGGGAACGAGGAUUUGCAAUAUUCGCUGUUCAAGAUGGAGGUUAUUGUUCAGCUAGCAAUGAUAACUUGUACACAAAAUAUGGAUUAUCAAAUGCUUGUAAAAACGAUGGAAAAGGAAGCGUAAUGUCAAAUCAAGUGUACAUAAGUACUGAAAAAUUGUUAUAUAAGUAUGUAGGUUGUUGGAGGGAUUAUACUGUCCACAGAGCAGGAACAUCAUUAGAAGGCUUAGCCUCGGUUCUGAUGGAUUCGUAUUUAUACCGAUUAGACGCUAUUGCAAAAUGUUACACUAUAGCAACCGAACUCCAAUAUGAUUUUUUUACAAUUCAGGACGGAGGACAAUGCUUUGCUGGUUACGGCAUUUCUUACCAAAUGUAUGGAACCGCAAAUAAUUGCAGAGCAGGUGGUAAGGGUGGCAAUAGUGCUAACGAUGUUUAUAUUAUUAACUUUUAAUAACAGUUUGUAAUUUGAGAUGCACACACUAAGUAUUUUGAGUAACAAAUAUGUCAAUUGAGUAACUUAUGUAUUAUCUCAUUAAACUCAGUAAAAAAGAAACAAGGAAUAGAAAAAUUUA